GGGAACCUAUGCGCGGAGGAACGAACGCGAAGCGACUCGCGAGGGGUUUACCUCCUUUACCGCCAGUUCGGAGAGCCUCAACUGAUAGUAAGUCUGCAGCCACCUUCACUGGCAUGAAGAUGUAUGGCGUGAUGCGGUUCGAUCUCCAGCUUCCAGCAGGCCAGGCCCAAGUGCUUCGUUGGAAUCAGCAUCAACAACUCAGAGUAAGUCUGCAGCCACCUUCACUGGCAUGAUGAUGUAUGGCGUGAUGCGGUUCAAUCUCCAGCUUCCAGCAGCCUAGGCCCAACUAUUUCGUUGCCCUCAACAACUUUGACUUCCUACAAGCCGACCCAAACUUUUAACAUAUCAUCAUCGUCG